AUGUUUCGUUCCAAGAGGCGCAAGGAUGACAUUGAGCUGCAAGUGAGGAAUAAGAACGGCAUUGAUAAUGCCACCAAGCCCUUACUGCAGCCAUCGAUCAGCACCUCUAACAGUGCUGACCGAUCAUUUAAUUGCAUACUGGUCGCACAUGUGGUCAAUGAUAAGAAAGAUCAGAAAUUUAAGAAGCGGGAGGCGUACAUCAAAGAGCUCAAAUCAAAAAACCUCAAAGUGACAAAAAUAAAACAUGACGAUUUGGUGUUUUAUGGUGUCCGUGCCCCUGAGGAAAUAAUUAACAAGUAUAAGUACCUGCUAAAGGUGUCUGAUUCUUGUAACUGGAGUGGAGAGCAGGAAGACUGUAUACAAAACACAACCAGAAUCAGGAUUGUCCAUUUUAUCCUGCACCACACAUAUAUUGGGACAGGAGAGCGCUUAAGAGAUCUUACCAGGCAAAAUGUGUUUGAGGUUUUGUUUUGCCUCCAUGAGAGAACACAACAGGAAGAGCUGAAGAAGAAAUGGGCCAACUGGAUGGCCAUAGUAAAUCAAAAAUGUGUGGGCCAACCUAUUAAUGAAAUAAGGAAGUACUUUGGUGAGAAGGUAGCCUUGUAUUUUCUGUGGCUGGGUUGGUACACUAUGCUUCUGGUUCCUGCAGCCAUUAUCGGACUGGUGGUGUUUCUUUAUGCCCUGGCUUUCUUCGAUUCUAACCCGCUCAUAAAGGAAAUUUGUGAGUCCAAUGUCACUAUGUGCCCAACAUGUGACAAGAGGUGCCAAGUGUGGAAACUGUCCGACACAUGUUUUUAUGCAAAGCUGAGCCAUCUAUUUGACAAUGAAGGAACUGUGGCCUUCGCAAUGUUCAUGGCUCUGUGGGCUACGCUGUUCCUGGAGCUGUGGAAAAGGCAUCGAUCGCAUUAUGUCAGCAAGUGGAAGGUGUUUGACUGGUGUGAGGAGGAGGAGGAACUGGUCCUGAAUAUCGUGAAUGACCCCAACUGUAAACCCAAAGAGUACAAACACUCAUACUUCCACAGUACUCUGGUUCUCCUGCUGGUCACUCUAGUGCUGGUGGUGAUCAUUGGCCUGACUCAUGCGCUGGUGAUCUCUCGGGUGGUGUCUGCCAUGCUCCUGUCAGAAAGUGAAUGGAAAUUUGUAAGUGACCACGCCAACCUGCUGGCAAGGAUCUUGGGAGCAGUGCUGCAUUACAUCACUAUGCAGAUUAUGACACGGGUGAACAGAAUUGUGGCUUUCAAGCUGUGUGAAAUUGAAGAGACUCGCUCAUUUGCAGCCACUGAGAGGAAUUUUACGGUGAAGAUGUUCACCUUCCAGUUCUUCACUCUCUUCUCCUCACUCAUCUAUGUGGCGUUCUUCCUGGGAAGGAUAAACGGAUACCCAGGCAACUAUGUGCGAAUAGCAGGAAAAUGGAGAUUGGAGGAGUGCCACCCCAGCGGCUGCCUCACUGACCUCUUCAUCCAAAUGGCCAUCAUUCUUAUUCUCAAGCAAACCCUCAGCAACAUCUUUGAAUUUGUUGGCCCUUGGUUUAAGGUUUGUUGGGCAGGAAUAUGGUUUAAAAAAGAGCUGAAGAAAUGUGGGAGCUGCAGGAGCAAAUGUGACAAAAACAACCCAUACACUGAGCUUUGCGACUUAUGCAAUCUGCAGGACUGGCUGAGGAACUACAAUCUGAUCAACGUUCACAGCUUUAGUCUGUUUAAUGAGUUUUUAGAAAUGGUAAUUCAGUUCAGUUUUACCACGAUCUUUGUGGCUGCUUGUCCCCUGGCUCCUUUAUUUGCUCUCAUCAACAACAUAUUUGAAAUCCGACUCGAUGCCAUUAAAAUGUUGCGCCUGGAGCGCCGCCUAGUGCCAAAGAAAACUAACGAUAUCGGUGUGUGGACCAAAGUGUUGGAGGCAGUUGGGGUGACGGCGGUCAUUGCUAAUGGACUGGUCAUUGGCAUCUCGUCUGAAUUUGUCCCCCGUCUGCUUUAUCGCUAUCGUUUUGGCCCAUGUGCCAACGGGACAGCUACAGACCUGCAGUGCAUGUCCGGCUACACUGACUACACACUCACCACAGCGUACAUGUCAGAUAUAAACGUACGGCAGGACUUCACGCCUUCUCAGAUGGUAACAUCGACUGGGCUCAACGUCACUGAGUGCAGCUACAAGGACUACCGCAGCAAUUCUGACCACACUUACACCCCACAGUACUGGCUUAUACUAGCAGCUCGCUUUGCCUUUGUCAUCUUAUUUGAGCACGUUGUGGUGAUAUGCAAGUUCAUCAUUGCCUGGUUCGUGCCUGACAAUCCCAUUAAAGUGAAAAACAGCAGGUUACGUGACAAACUGAACAGGCUAAAAAAGGAAUUUUGGGAACAGAGUGCAAGAUUUGACAGUAUGAACACAGAGUCAGUUGUCUAAAUAACUGAAGCUUAAACAAGGACUGUACUUGUACAAACACUGGAC